AUGGCAACACCACGCAUCAUCCACCUCGCCCAAACAAUCAGCGCCUCCGUCGCCAAAAUCCAAGAUGUCCUCACAGCACAAGGCCUCCAAACCCCGUCCUUCGACGAGGAUGCCUCUCACUACCUCCCCCUCGAGGUCCUAGAAGCACAAAACGCCGUGCUGGACGCAACAUCCGAACUCAAUGACCUCCUCAUGGAACCCAUGAGUAUGAUCCACUGUCUCGGAGGGCACAACAACUCACUCUGUUCCCAAGCCAUAACGCGUUUCCGCAUCGCCUCCCUCAUCCCCCCCGGCGGCACGAAAUCCUUCGCCGAAAUCGCAUCGCAAACACCACUUUCCGAGCAAAUGGUAACGCGGAUCCUGCGGCAGGCGAUGAGUAUGCGGAUUUUCUGUGAGCCGGAGCCGGGGAUGGUGGGGCAUACGAAGGCGAGCAGGAUCUUGGUUGAUCCCGUGACGAAUGAUUGGUUGGGUGCUGGGACGGAGGAGUUGUGGCCUGCUGCUACGAAGGUUGUAGAUGCACUUGAGAAGUGGCCGGGGUCGGAGGAGCCUAGUGAGACUGGAUUCUGUCUGGCAAACAACACAACCGAUUCAAUCUACGCCUUCCUCGGCGCGAACCCCACGCGAGCAGCUCGUUUCGGAAACGCCAUGGUCGCAUACAGCAAAAAACCGGAGUUCUCCCCAGCCUAUCUAACAGACCACUUCGACUGGUCCUCUCUAGGUGCCGCGACAGUCGUCCACCUCGGUGGCGGAACAGGGUUUUACGCCAUGGAACUCGCGAAGAAAUUUGCGGACUUGAAGGUCGUGGUGCAGGAUAUGGCGUUUAUGAUGGGUCCUGCUGAGGCGGGUGUGCCUGAGGAAUUGAAAGGCCGAGUCACAUUCGAGGCUCAUGACUUUUUCGCUCCGCAGAUUGUGAAUGCGGACGUUGUUUUCUUCCGCUGGGUAUUGAGGACCUGGGGAGAUAAAUAUUGUAUCGCUGCGCUAAAAGCACAACUUCCGAUGCUUAAGUCUGGAGCGAGGGUUGUGGUGCAAGAUAUGAUUUUGCCUGAGCCCGGGAAAGGACCUUUCUGGAAGGAGAGAGCCGCUCGAUCUGCGGAUAUGAGUCUUACUGCUGGUUUCAAUUCCAGGGACAGAACUGUUGAUGACUGGAAGACUCUCUUCACGGCGGCCGAUGAAGGGUUCGUAUUAAAGAGUGUGGCUGAACCUAAAGGCUCUGCUUUGGGCAUUUUGGAAUUCGUUUGGGAGAGCAAGAAGUAG